AUGGCAGAGACAAGUCUGUUAGAGGCCGGGGCCUCUGCAGCCUCCACAGCUGCAGCUCUGGAGAACCUACAGGUGGAGGCAAGUUGCUCUGUGUGCCUGGAAUAUCUGAAGGAGCCUGUCAUCAUUGAGUGUGGGCACAACUUCUGCAAAGCUUGCAUCACUCGCUGGUGGGAGGACCUAGAGAGGGACUUCCCUUGUCCUGUAUGUCGAAAGACGUCCCGCUAUCGCAGUCUCCGGCCUAAUCGACAGCUGGGCAGUAUGGUGGAAAUUGCUAAGCAGCUGCAGGCCGUCAAGCGGAAGAUCCGAGAUGAGAGCCUCUGCCCCCAGCACCAUGAGGCCCUCAGCCUCUUCUGCUAUGAGGACCAGGAGGCUGUGUGUUUGAUAUGUGCAAUUUCCCACACCCACCGGGCCCACACUGUCGUGCCACUGGAUGAUGCCACACAGGAGUACAAGGAAAAACUGCAGAAGUGCCUGGAGCCCCUGGAGCAGAAGCUGCAGGAGAUCAGCCGCUGUAAGUCCUCUGAGGAGAAGAAGCCUGGCGAACUCAAGAGACUAGUGGAGAGUCGCCGACAGCAGAUCCUAAAGGAAUUUGAAGAGCUUCACCGGCGGCUGGAUGAAGAGCAACAGGUGUUACUUUCACGGCUAGAGGAGGAGGAACAGGACAUUCUACAGCGCCUCCGAGAAAAUGCUGCUCACCUUGGAGACAAGCGCCGGGACCUCGCCCACUUGGCUGCUGAGGUGGAGGGCAAGUGCUUACAGUCGGGCUUCGAGAUGCUUAAGGAUGUCAAAAGUACCCUGGAAAAAUGUGAGAAGGUGAAGACCAUGGAGGUGACUUCAGUAUCCAUAGAGCUGGAAAAGAACUUCAGCAAUUUCCCCCGACAGUACUUUGCACUAAGGAAAAUCCUUAAACAGCUAAUUGCGGAUGUGACCCUGGACCCUGAAACAGCUCAUCCUAACCUAGUCCUGUCGGAAGAUCGUAAGAGCGUCAAGUUCGUGGAGACAAGACUCCGGGAUCUCCCUGAUACUCCACGGCGUUUCACCUUCUACCCUUGCGUCCUGGCUACUGAGGGUUUCACCUCAGGCCGACACUACUGGGAGGUGGAGGUGGGCGACAAGACCCACUGGGCGGUGGGCGUGUGCCGGGACUCCGUGAGCCGGAAGGGUGAACUGACCCCGCUGCCUGAGACUGGCUACUGGCGGGUGCGGCUGUGGAACGGGGACAAGUAUGCAGCCACUACCACGCCUUUUACCCCUUUGCACAUCAAGGUGAAACCCAAGCGGGUGGGUAUAUUCCUAGACUAUGAGGCCGGCACACUGUCUUUUUACAACGUCACAGACCGCUCUCAUAUCUACACCUUCACUGAUACUUUUACUGAGAAACUUUGGCCCCUCUUCUAUCCAGGCAUCCGGGCUGGUCGGAAGAAUGCUGCACCACUCACCAUCAGGCCCCCAACAGAUUGGGAGUGA